UUUGUCGUACAAGUGUUCAACACUUGCAUGGGUAAAGGUGCCUUUCUGGGACGAUUUUUGUUUAGAUUUACACACAUGAUCAUGAUGAAUCGGUCUUAUACGAGGAACAGUACAAGAGUUUCAACUCUCGAGGAUAGACGUUCGACAUUUUACCUGUAAUUUUGGAAUGCUGACUUUAACCGAAAUCAUUGUAAUGGCAGUUGUAGUUGCAUUAUUUGGCUGUUACGUUGUUACGUCAAUUAUUUUAUUGAAAUAUCCACAGAUUUUACAUAAGAAGAAGAAUGUCAAAUUUCGCCCAAGACAUAUCAGUCAUAGAGGAGGGGCUGGUGAAAACUUGGAAAAUACCAUGACAGCUUUCCGUUUUGCAUCUGACCUUGGGACAGAGAUGUUGGAGAUUGACUGUCACAUCACCAAGGAUGGUCAGGUGGUCGUGACACAUGACAACUCGCUCAAGAGAUCAUGUGGUGUUGAAGGGGAGAUAAUCGACUAUGAUUAUAAGGAUCUGCCUCCAAUUCAGAGUGUGCUGUCUUUGGAUUUCAUGAGCAGUUUCCAAACUAAGGGUGGAUCCGACAGACAAAUUCCACUGUUGAAGGACGUCUUCCAGGCCUUUCCUACCAUGCCAAUCAACAUAGACAUCAAAAUCAACAAUGAUGAUCUCAUCAACAGGGUAAACGAUUUGAUUCUAGAGUUUGACCGUGCAUCUCUGACCGGUUGGGGCAAUAGGAGUUCAGCAGUUACCAGUAAACUCUACAAAAAGAACCCCGAUGUGCCUUUGAUAUUCUCCAUGCAGCGUGUCCUGUUGUUACUAGUGACUUUCUACACCGGGAUACUGCCAUUCCUGCCCCUAAAAGAAUCCCUUUUUGAGGUUCUCAUGCCUGGCGCUCUCCUGAGUGGUGAAAAAUUCAAUAGGCCUUUGAACAGAAAAAUGAGGUUUCUUUUAAAGUUGGCAGAUGUACUCAUGAUGAGGCCAUUACUACUUCAGCACUUAGAAAGAAGAGGCAUCCAGACUUAUCUAUGGGUGCUGAAUUCUGAAGAAGAGUUUGAGCGAGCAUUUAAACUGGGGUCGACAGGGGUUAUGACCGACUUUCCAACAUUGCUGAAGGAUUUCCUGGAUAAAAGUCAUCCUGAGUUGAAGCAAGAGAAAGGUUACCAGAGUGUAGAUGCCUUGUGAUGAUACCCAGCAUCAGACUACAAAUAUACACACCUAUACACACAUAUAGGCCUUCCUAGUCAGCCAUUACAUUCAAUUUGGUUUUGUUAUGUCUUUCAACUUGAGUACAUUGAAACACUUUGAUCAUUUAGUUACAUUGUCUGAUAGUCCAUGAAAAUUGUAUUUCAUACAUUGAUAUUUAAUGUAAGUAAUACUGAAUACCGGGAACUUUUCGCCGCUAUUAAACUUUUAUCUUUUUACCGGGGUAAAUUUACCACGUCAGCAAAUGAUAUUUCACCUAAACAAUAUAUAGUAAUUACAUGUGAAUGGCGAAAUUAACACUAGGCGAACAUGGAUUUUACCUUUAAAAGGGCGAAUACCAGGUAUAUGACUGGGCGAUGGUUUCCCGCUAUACAGCAUUCACUAUAGAGAGUGAUAUUCAAUGCAGAUCUCAUUAAAUACAUUGUCUGACAGUUAAUGUAGAUAAUAAGGGAGAGGAGCCAACACAUCAUUCCUCUUGAAUGACUGCUUCUGGUUGCUAUGCCUUUGCUUAAUUUGGAUCAUGUUCAGUAUAUUGUCAAUUAAGAAAUACAUGUCUUAUUAAGUCAGUUGCAUUGUCAUGUGAAGGAGAGUUAGAAAUGUUAAAAUUAAUAUAACUGGGAAGCAGCAUCUUAAAAACUUACCGAGACUUACUUCAUCAUGUCAUACAAGCAAUCAAAUGUAAUUUGUUAACUUCAAAAAUGUCAGAGGUAAAAACAGUCUCAUGAUUAGAGCACCAGUAUUACAGAGACAGUUGAUGUAUGUUAGUCCUGGGCUCAGUUUCAUCACAUUAUUAAGCUGAUGUACAUCCAGAGGUUGUGUGAAAAGUGCCAAAGCCACUGAGGAGGGAGGCUCCAGAUAAUAACUGAUUUGUGCUGGAACCGCUAAUGUUUUAAACGUACUUGCAUAACUGUUGUUCAUCAGUCGUGUGCCGUCAGAGAAGUACAUAUUCCAGAAGAAGCCUGUGUUAUGGAAAUCCUUACCACACUGUGAUUAUGUGUUCUCUCACACUUGUAUCCCACACGUUACCGGUAUUUCCCAAAAUUUGUUAGGGAGAAGAUCAACCUUUCUUAGCUUAUUUAGAGUGAAACAGCCCGUAUACGCUAUUAUUCUGAAAACGAUUUGAAUGAUAAUUGAUACAUGUAAACUUGCACCAUUGGGAAGUGAAUAAAGUAUAUAAAUUGGAGUUAUCUCCCCCUAUUUAUGGAGUUCUGCCCAUUUGGAGCUAGCAGGGGUAUAAGUCUGCCAUUCUUGCAACAAUUCUAGUUACAAUAAGAAAGUGUGGGAGAAAAAUAAUAAUUUAUUCCUGUGUGGUGUAAACAGAAAAGUCUCAGGAUAAGAUUUUUGAAGUUAAGCACUUUGCAAAGCUCCAGCUAAACUUAAUCUUAAGCUUUUUGUUGAGAGUUCUCUUUCUACAUCACACAGGAGUAGGCCUAAUAGAUUCUAUUAUUCUUCAUAUUCUAAAUCAAAUGUCAGUACUAUAUAACUCAAAAAACUUAAUCAGUCCAGUUAUAUGAAGAAAUUAAUUUGUCUCCUAACUAUUUUAUUGUAUAUUACUAGGCCUAUGCCCAGUGAUAAGCCCACCCUAUUGCACUUGGUAAUAAAUUCCUGGUCUUGUAAGUGUUAAAGUACAGUAUUGUUGUUGAUAUAGACACCCUCCUCCCCCCAGUCUUGUCACAGGUAUGAAAUAGUAUUAUUUGGCCAUUUUACGCUGGUAUCUUGCAUUUUGCAUAUUAAUCAGGAAAAAAUCAACAAAUUGAAGUUUGCCAACCAAUUUUUUUUGUUUUGUUAUAAAAAAAUCAAUGUUGGCUUUUUCAAUAACACAACAUCUGGAAUUCCUAAAAGUCACGCCCAAACAAUCGAACAUGCAAAUUACAGGACCUUUCUUCAUAACUCUUAAAACAUUAUUUAAAUUUGUUUGAUUUAUUGCUGUUUUGCAGCCUUUUAUUCAUCGUUUAAUUUGUUUGUGUGUACAUGGUAUUGUAGUAGUAUUACGGGGUAUGUCUCUCGGCUACGACUCAAUACUAUGUAGUAUUAGGAUUUGAGAGAAAGAAAUGUUAAGGUUGCAUUUUUUUUAUUUUUAAUAUAUGAUUUUGAUACAAUUCUGACCAAUAUGACUGUUGAUAUUAAACUUUAUAAUUCACUGUCUCUAGGUAAAACAUUGAAAAACUUUACUGAAAGCAAGUUGUGUGAUAUUAAGGACCAUUUAUUGUUGGAGGAAAACCAUGCUUAGCUAGCAUUUAUUUCCUAUGCAUUUUGAUUCUGGGUCGAACAAAAUAGGGUACAACAAGCUAUAUUGUUAUAUAUAGCUGAACUGAAGUCUGUAAAUCUAGUCUUUAAACUUGUAAGAUUUAGAAAUAAGAACCGUUGAUGCUAGGUAUUACAGGAUUUUAUGUGGGUUCUGACUCUUAUAUAUUUUUUUCUAUAAUUUUAGCACACAAUUAUAAAACAUUGCAUAUACAUUUUGUGUGUCAUUGUGGUAAUCCUAAUGUGUUUAACCCACUGAUCAGGAUUGGUUGUAUGCGUGCUGCUCCAGGGCAAUGCAAUUUCUUUGCAUGGAUACAAGGUGGCCCAUGAUUUAGCUGACACUCAAUACACAUGCUACAGAUAAAUGUUGUAGGAUACCUUUUAGUUUAUAAAUAGUGUUUAAAAGGUGAAAGAUUUUGGAGUAAAAUGUUGUUUUGUAUGACUGGUUUAGAUAUUGAAACGCAAAAAUUAUUUUAAUUAUUGUGGCACUUAUCUUUUGAAUUUUCUAAUGAUAUAUAUGGAAAGUUCAGGAUUUCUUUGAUAUUUCUUUAUAUUGUUUGGUAAAUGAAGAUUUAUUGCAGUAUUCUGCAAGAUUUGAACAAUGAUUAGAAUUCGUCAGGUUGAUAUUUGUUUAAGGUGACACUAGUAUGUAUGACAUAUCACAAGUUUAUGAGUUCAUUUAUAUCUGAGAGAAUACAUUCAUUUUAAACAUAAUAAUCAGUCACCAGAAGUUGGAGACAUUGUUUCAUAAUAAAGUAGAAUAAAACUUCAUAAAUUAACUGUGACUACCUGGUAAUAUGGUUACAUGUCUAAUAUUGUUAUCCAGCCAGUGUUUCAGCGAGAACAGUUUGGUCUAUUUCUAUUUUUCUGUCCCUGAUGAAUCGUUUUGUCAAUGUUUGAGAUAAUACAUAUCUAUAGAUUUAUAUAUGUCUGUGUGUGUCUAUGUGUUAGUAUUGAUUUUGUAUAUUUGAGAGGGAACAAUUUCACAAUGAUUAAUUAAUUACACAUCUAUAGUACCUGGUAAAUAACAUACAUUCAUACAGUUAGUGCUGUUAAUAGAUUUUAAGUUAAUUUAUUACCCAUACAGUUAGUGCUGUUAAUAGAUUUUAAGUUAAUUUAUUACCCAUACAGUUCCAGUAUUAAAAAACUUGAACGAAAAAUGUCAAAAUUUGCAAUGAUUAAUUUAAACAUAUUUUAAUGUUUUAUAUAAUUAUGUUCUAUUAUUACUAAAAUCCAGCCAAAUGAUGCUUAUGUUCAGUGUUACCUAUACUAGAAUGACUAGACUCUAGUAACCAUCUUUUAAAUAAUUCAGAUAUCUUCUUAUUCUGUAUGUGAAAUUGGCAAUAAAUAUGUUUUUGCAUGCUCAAAAUCAAACAAGUAAUAUUAAAAUCAAAAGUGUUUUUCUUUGAAUAUUUAAAUAGAGCACAUUCACAAAAUUACAUUUUUAUUUUAUCCCAAGCUAAACAAGAUUUCAGCAAGGCAAUCUUCACAAUGCUAAUGUGAAAUACAAUUGUUGAGCAAAACAGUAUACAUUCCAUCUUCAAUGCCAUUGAGGAAAUUAUUUAUAAAUAAUUAAAGGAAUUAUACUAAAUGAUAUGUACCUUCGCUUUUGCAAUAUAUAUUUUAUAUAGUUUUAUAAUACUGAAUACUGGGAACUUUUCGUCGCUGUUAAACUUUUAUCUUUUUACCGGGGCAAAUUUACGUCAGCAAAUAUUAAUUCGCCUAUACAAUAUAUAGUAAUUAUAUGUGAAUGGCGAAAUUAACACUAGGCAAACAUGGAUAUUACCUGCAAAAGGGCGAAUACGACGUAUUUGACUGGGCGAUGGUUUCCCGCUAUACAGCAUUCACUAUAAACUAGUUGUAUAACAAUCUGAAAUCAAAACUUCAAAUCCUGGUCGUACCCCAUUGAAUUUUAACAUUCAGAACACUGUUGUUUAUUUAUAUUUUGUUUGUUUCAUAACUAUUUAUUCUCAUAAAAUCCUGGAAGGUGUGGUUUUCUUUUCAGAAAUGAUAUAUCUAAGCUAAAGUCAUCCCGAAAUGAGGAUCCCCAAGAAAGCAAUAUAUGGUAGAGUCUGAUUCAACUGAAAUAAAGAUAUAGCUCAUAUGUGCCAAUAGUUGUUCAUAUUCUAAAACAUGUUCUGGUAAUAGUAGAUACAUAUCUGUACUCAAAUAACAAUCGUUAACUUUGUCUGUAGUGAUAACCAUAGUUGUGGUUUAUUUACAUAUCAAAAUUUCUCGCAUUUAAAUCCAUCGCAAAGUUGUAUUUCUCCAGACAUGACAUUUAAAUCCAUUGCAAAGUAAUAUGUUCUCUCAAUGUAAAGGUUGCAACUUAUCAUAUCCCGAACAAAACAAUUUUUACAUAGUAUCGGUUAUGUUCAAUUGGAAUAUUAGCUCAUUGGAGCCAUGUACUAUAUAGUCGAGUCCUCCACUAUCUUACCUUAUUCUGACGACAAUUACAUUAAGAAUUCCAUUAUAUUAAAUUGAAUGCCACUGAUUUCAACUCCAUUGUAUUUGUGUACCAGUUUCACCUUGUAUUGAUUCAUGUUGUUGUUUAUUUAUGAUUAUUAAAUUAUUUUUUAAUGUGAAAAUGUAUUUUUUGGUCAUUUCUAACUUUAACACAUUACUGAACAUUAACCUUUAAGUGUUACUUGCACAACACUACUUAAAGUCGAGUUAAGCAUGCCCUACACUUUCACAAAUUUAUCAGAGAUGCUUAAAUAAACAAAAACAAGCUUAUUCUUAGAGUUCAAAUUUAUUUAUUUCAGAAUCAUAAUUGUUUUUGUAUUGGACAUGUACAUAUGAAUGACAUGAAAAUGACGAUAUGAUGUUUAAAGGUUAAGUCCUCGUAUCCAUUUAGCCCAUUGCACACUAUUUCUAAUCAGGACCCAUUUUCAUUAAACCUUUAGUGAUCAAGUUUCUAUACUGUGGUCAAGCUCAAUCCCUAAUUCAAGUGAUAAUGUACCAAUUAAAAUAUAUCUUUAACUGGAAAUCUUUUGUAUAAAAGAUGGCUUGAGUUUGUAAAUGAAGUUUUAAAUAUGAUAUGGUUUUAUGAAUACAGCCCUAGAUUUUCAUUCUUAAACAUAUUUUAAAGACUUUCAUGAAAAGAUAUAGAUUAUAGAAAAAGUUUUAACAUUAAAUUCUACAAUGCAUUACAUAAUGCUUUUACACAUUACAUAAUGCUAUUACACAUUACAUAAUGCUAUUACACAUUACAUAUUGUUAUUACACAUUACAUGAUGCUGGUACACAUUACAUAAUGAUAUUACACAUUACAUAAUGCUAUUACACAUUACAUAAUGCUAUUAGACAUUACAUAAUGCUAUUACACAUUACAUAAUGAUAUUACACAUUACAUAAUGCUAUUACACAUUACAUAAUGAUAUUACGCAUUACAUAAUGCUAUUACACAUUACAUAAUGUUAUUACACAUUACAUAAUGCUAUUAGACAUUACAUAAUGCUAUUACACAUUACAUAAUGAUAUUACAUAAUGUUAUUACACAUUACAUAAUGCUAUUACACAUUAC